AUAAACCUAGUCACUUCACUGAGAAAGUCACUCUACACCACCACGACAGCCGCUUCUAGUCUCCAGACGUCAACAACCAGCUGAAAAUGAUGACCAAAUUUGUUGUCUUCUGCCUCUUUGCGGCUCUGUUCAUUCAGAUGUCUUUUGGUCAACACACUGAAGCCGACUGUCUGUUGGAGUUGAAAGAGGGACUCUGUAGGAUGGAUCUGCCAAGGUUUUACUUCGACGCCGUGGCCUGUAAAAAGUUUAGUUACGGUGGUUGUGAUGGCAACGCUAACAACUUUGAGACCCUAGAAGAAUGUGUCAGUAUUUGCCAGAAGUAAAUAGGACACAGACUCGAACGCACCCACAGCAUCACAGUCACGGUCUAAUUGAAGCAAUACUAAUGAACUUUUUGGUUUCCGAAAUUGUCUUUAGGCCAAUUCUUUUGCUGAGUAAAAUAAAAACCUAAAACUAA